CAAAGUGACAGUCAUCGUGGCUAACUUAAUCGGUGAUUCUAAUUCACCUUUCCUCGUGAAUGAAAUCACACUUCUCCGAGACUUUCCCAGAGGAAAAAUCGUCGAUCAAGAAAGUGACAGUCAUUCUAAUUAAAUUAACCAGUGAUUCUAAACCUCCUUCCCAUAUGGUUCGAAUACUCGAAAAAAGGGAAGAGUCAGUGAAAUUCAGAAGGCUCCGCUAGUGUGUACGAAUCCCGCCAAGUAAUCGCGUGCACGUAACACUGGAGCAAUCGAGCGUGAUCCGGUGAAGCAUCAGCGUGACUCCAGCUCCUAUAUGCGACUCUCUGCUGGCAUCCCUUCCGCUCCGUUGAACGAUCCACGUCGCGAUUCUCGAAGAAUCGACGUCGCGAGGGUUGGAAAGGUGUGGGCGGUCUGGCGCCAGGGGUUUAACCGAUCGAUUCCUCUCUCGCGGUCGAGGAUGCUCGCGACGUAGGAACGGGAUACGAGGUUUUUACGUCGUAGUCACGUGCCAAGAAGCAUCGUAGUUGUGCCGAUAGUGGGGAGAGGGGGACUGAUCGAAGGGGGACGCAGAAGGGGGACAUUUUCCGGCGCCUCGACGUCCUUGUGGAAAAUCGAUACGGCGUGUGCUGGCCACCCCGUUGCAACCACCCCGUCGCGGUGCAAUGACCUCCAAACCGGGAAGGUCCUACAGCGUGAGGUCUCCGCGAGUCGGAGGGCCUCUCUCGCAGUCGUUAGCGAUGAUUCCGCCAACGAUGCACGGUCAUGAAUUCAAUCAACCCCUGUCGAGGGUGGUUAUGGUCCGUAAAACGGAUCAAAGGACGUUCAGCAAGGGUAGACGGGGUGGCGAGCCUCUUCUGGAAACGGUUACCAGGGAGACCGUCGAACUUUUCAACGGCGGCCGUGCUGAAAGGAAAUACACGUCCGAAACCAGAGACAUCGUUACGCCAAAGUCGAACAGGUCGAGGACAGAUUCGGUGAGAUCGAAAUCCCCUUUGACAGCGUCGCCAGCAUCUCCAGGGCCGUUGUCGAAUUCUCUACACGGCAGUUUUCACGGUAGUUUAGGAAGCGAUGGGAUGUCCUGCAGCAGCGCGAGAUCGUCAUCUGCGUCGCCUGACUCUGCGAGAUACUCCUCGACACCGAUAACAAAGACUGACACACGUAAACCGUCUGUACGCAGAUUGGGGCCUCCUAAGGAAUUUAUCUACGUUUGCCUCGAGACGCACAAUUUGUACCGCGCGAGGCAUGGUGUGCCACCUCUACGUCUCAACAAACAGUUAUGUAAAACGAGUCAGGACUGGGCAAAUAUUCUGGCAGCUAGGGGCAGGUUAGAGCAUAGGGCGAACAUAGAUUAUGGCGAGAAUUUAUACUGCAUGUGGAGUUCCAAUCCGAAGACUAUCGUGGGCGGUGACGAGCCCGUAAACGAAUGGUAUGCCGAGGAAGCGCAACAUCAGUACGGAAAGGAGCCCACCACCCUAAAAACUGGCCACUUCACGCAAGUAGUGUGGAGAGACAGCACCGAGUUAGGCGUCGGUAUGGCCAGGAAUCGAAACGGCGAGGUCUACGUAGUGUGUAACUAUAAUCCAGCUGGAAACUUCCUGGGUAGCUUCACCGAGAACGUUCUACCGCCUGGAGGUUCGAGUCCUACUAAAAAAAUCACCUUCCUAGAACCUAAGCCACAUUACGCGUUAGACGAACAAGCGUGGCAACAGGAGGCUUUGCACGUCCACAACGAGUACAGGAGGAGACAUCGUGUUCCUGACUUGAGGUUAAGCUCAGAAUUAACGUCUGCUGCUAAGGCGUGGGCGAACACGUUGCUGAACACGAACAAGCUGAUCCCGCAGUCGACGUCCCCCUACGGGGAGAACAUCUACUCGAUGCAGUGUUCCGAUCCAAAGUUGAUCGUGCCAGCACGAGAAGUCGUCUCAAAGUGGUACUCCGAGAGGAAGGAUCACAAGUAUGGCACUGAGCCAAAAGUUUUAAACACAUGCCAUUUCACACAAAUUGUUUGGAAGAACACCACUGAGAUGGGAAUAGCGAUGGCCAAAAGGGACGGAACGUGUGUGGUAGUGGCCUGUUACCAUCCGAGGGGUAACAUCGUCGGUCAAUUCACGGAGAACGUGAAGCCCGCGAAGAGCCACUAGUUAGUUCGCUAGACGAAACCACCCACACCCAUGUCGAUAAUGUAUUUAAGCGCUGUAUUUAUAAUAUCGUGCAUAGACGACAAUACGCAUAGUAUAUGUAUAUAUAACACACAGAUGUGCAUACACGUAGAAUAAAAGAAACAUUCCACAUACUACACGUAAUCGAAACACUUCGUCUGUUUUAUUAAUCGUCGAUAAUGUGACACUGGGAGAAUCGUGUCGAAUCCUCAAUGGCGCGACGACGAUCAUAUAAAGACGUGUUGUUGUGUAACGCGUUUUAUCUUUGAGGACCGGCUUUCUUUUCUUUAAAAAUUAAAAAAUGAAAUUUCGUUCAAAUUUAUUCUUACUAAACUUUAGGAGUCUAAUA